AGACAUGGGCAGCCGUGACACCCGUGGGUGCAACCAUGGGUGUUGUUCAGGGCGUGCCGACCAAGGACGCCGCGCCCGUCGUGAAGCGGCGGGUGCAGCUCGCGGCGACUCCGAUCGGGCCGCCGCUGCCCCAGAUGCUGCAGUCAUACCACACCUCCGUCAUCAUCGACGACAUGGAGUUCUCCUUCAGCGGCAGGGGGAUCGACCAGCUCCGCGGGACGCAGAGCCACAUCCCUUUCUCGGGGAAGCCCGAGGUAACCGAUCUGGGUUACACGAAGCUCCCAAGGGGUCCAUUCGGAUGUUCGAAGCCAGCAUGGCGACAUCUUCAUCCUGAUAGCCAGCCCGCCUCUGGCACCCGUGCUAGAUUUGAAAACCCAAGUGAACAUUUAGCGCACGCCACUUGGAAAGACAAGGCGGAGUGUCGAAGAGGAGGGCUUACGGCCUACGGUCUACGGUCAGGAGGCGGGUUACGACGAGGAGGGGGCGAGUGAGGGAGGACGGGCGA